CACGAAAAGUAAUGGGUUCGAGGAACAGGAUUCAAACCAGUUUCUAAUUCUUACGGGGGCGGGGGAGAAGAAAGGAGAAAGGGAAAAGUAGGAGGAAAAAGAGAGGAAUGGGGAGCGUCGACAUGAAGGGGUUUCCUUAAUAUUGUGGACGGAUUCAGAAAUGAAUGAAGAGAUAGUCCAUUGAAAAGGGUUGAAUGCCAUGACAACUAGGAACAACCUUAGAUUUAUUCCAAACAGUUAGGACACAUUGAAAGAGAGCGUCAAUCAUGUAUUAUUUCGCCACUGAAAUAAAUGCAAAAACCGAGCCGGGACAAAGGCUUCCAACGGGAGCGGGACAUUUGUCUACAUUUCGCUCAUUGUCCGCAGCUUAGCAAUCGGUUUGUAUUUGUGUUUGCCCGGGUCCGACCACCCAGGACGCGCCGACGAGGGGCUCGCUCUAACCUGGGGCAUUGUCACCCACGUCACAUACUGGGGGCGAGGCAGCGAGGGCUGCAGAAAGCCGCCGAGCGGCUCGGGGAGAGGCGCCCUCGCCGGGCGCUGGCAACUCGGGGGCGGCUGGGGCUCGGAGGCCGCAGCUGCGCACGGGGAGGCCGGGCGCCCGCGCUGCGCUCGCGGCGAGGAGGCGGCCAGACCUGGACCCCCGCCGCGGCCUUCUCCGUUCCCCGCUCCCCGGGCAAAGCACAGUUCAGACGCUCCUCUGGGGUGGACGAGCAUCAGUCUCUCUUUCCCUCCCUCUCUUUCUCCCCCUCUUCCCCCCCUCUCCCCAGGUUCGUGAGUGGAGCCCAGCCUUAUAUGGACUGAUCGCUCGGGCAAUGGCCCAUUUUUUCCUCGCCACCAGCCGCCACCGCGCGCCGAGCGGCCGCCGGAGCUGACGCCGCCUUGGCACCCCUCCUGGAGUUACAAACUCGGGCCCGGCCCGCGGCGCUGGCGCGCAGGCCGCCCGGCACCCCGCGUCCAUUUCCGCGUGCCUGUAGAGAAGACACCGACAACGCCUGGGGCUUUUUUCCCCCCUCUCCCCUCUCCGAGAGUUUCUUUCUCUUUCUUAAACAUAAUAAUCUCUCUAAUUAAAGCCCAUCCCCCCUCCCCUCCCCCAACCCCUCUCCCCAUACCCCCUCCCCCUCCCCUACUGGGAGCGCCACGAAUUGAUCAAGUGAAGCUACAACUUUGCGGCAUAAAUUGCGGGGUCCGGGCCAUGUCGCUGACCAACACAAAGACGGGGUUUUCGGUCAAGGACAUCUUGGACCUGCCGGACACCAACGAUGAGGAGGGCUCGGUGGCCGAAGGGCCGGAGGAGGAGAACGAGGGGCCGGAGCCCGCCAAGAGGGCCGGGCCGCUGGGGCAGGGCGCCCUGGACACAGUGCAGAGCCUGCCCUUGAAGAACCCCUUCUACGACAGCAGCGACAACCCGUACACGCGCUGGCUGGCCAGCACCGAGGGCCUUCAGUACUCGCUGCACGGGCUGGCGGCCGGCGCGGCGCCCCAAGAUUCAAGUUCCAAGUCCCCGGAGCCAUCGGCCGACGAGUCACCGGACAAUGACAAGGAGACCCCCGGCGGCGGGGGGGACGCCGGCAAGAAGCGGAAGCGGCGGGUGCUCUUCUCCAAAGCGCAGACCUACGAGCUGGAGCGGCGCUUCCGGCAGCAGCGGUACCUGUCGGCGCCCGAGCGCGAGCACCUGGCCAGCCUUAUCCGCCUGACGCCCACGCAGGUGAAGAUCUGGUUCCAGAACCACCGCUACAAGAUGAAGCGCGCCCGGGCCGAGAAAGGUAUGGAGGUGACGCCCCUGCCCUCACCGCGCCGGGUGGCCGUGCCCGUUUUGGUCAGGGACGGCAAGCCGUGCCACGCGCUCAAAGCCCAGGACCUGGCAGCAGCCACCUUCCAGGCGGGCAUCCCCUUUUCGGCCUACAGCGCGCAGUCUCUGCAACACAUGCAGUACAACGCCCAGUACAGCUCGGCCGGCGCCCCCCAGUACCCGACAGCACACCCCCUGGUCCAGGCCCAGCCGUGGACUUGGUGAGCGCCCGCCCCUCCCAGACUCGAGGCCCCAGGCCCAGACCCCACCCCGGCGGCGGAGGCGCGGAGGACUCUCGGCCCGUACGGUGGUGAUUAUAUUAUUAUAAUUAUUAUUAUGGAGUCGAGUUGACUCUCGGCUUCGUCGGAGAGGCGCCAAGAGUUGGCCUGCACCUCCUUGGAGAGGCAGUUCCACCCACCCAGCUCCGCCUCACCCCUCUCUCCGUUUGAACCAUUGGAGAUGGCUGAACCCUAAGCCGUGUUUACAGAAUGUUUGCGCAGCUUCGCUUCUCUGCUUCUCCCCGGGGACCUAAUGGUCCCAACGUUAACUUCCUCACUCGAGAAGGAGAAAAAGACCCCCCACCCCCGCGCCCUGCUUUUGUGAAUUUUGUAAAA